UAGAUGGACUCGUUAAACUGCGGACAGUUCGAGAGGCGCCAGCUGAAUGCAUCUGCCCCCCAGGCCCCCCUGGACGACGUGGCAAACCUGGAAGAAGAGGUGAUCCUGGUCCUCCAGGGCAAUCGGGACGAGAUGGCUACCCGGGACCACUGGGUCUGGAUGGCAAGCCCGGACUUCCAGGCCCCAAGGGAGAAAAAGGCGCACCAGGAGACUUUGGCCCCCGGAUGGUCUUCCCACGGCUCCACCCGGGCUUUAUAAGCAGAGACCAUCACGUGUACCGUCACCGUGUGCUCAAGGGAGACCAAGGGCAAGAUGGAGCUGCUGGGCCUCCAGGGCCCCCUGGACUCCCUGGGGCUCGGGGCCCACCUGGAGACACUGGGAAAGAUGGCCCAAGGGGAGCACAAGGCCCAAUGGGUCCCAAAGGAGAGGCUGGACAAGAUGGCGAGAUGGGCCCAAAGGGACCUCCAGGAGCCAAGGGUGAGCCCGGAGUUCCUGGCAAGAAGGGGGAUGAUGGAACACCAAGCCAACCAGGGCUCCCAGGACCCCCAGGGCCGAAGGGUGAGCCAGGCAGCACGGGGACUAAGGGAGAGAACGGUGUGGACGGUGCCCCAGGACCAAAGGGGGAGCCCGGCCCUCAAGGUGCCGACGGAGCUACGGGGCUAAGGGGCCUCCCAGGCCUCAAAGGUGAGCAAGGAGACACAGUGAUAAUUGACUACGAUGGCAGGAUCUUGGAUGCCCUUAAGGGUCCUCCUGGGCCACAGGGGCCCCCAGGACCACCAGGGAUCCCUGGAGCCAAGGGUGAACUCGGAUUGCCCGGCGCCCCAGGAAUUGAUGGGGAGAAGGGUCUCAAAGGGCCAAAAGGAGACCCAGGAGAGCCUGGAUCGACUGGACCCAAAGGAGAAGCAGGCGAAAUGGGCCUGUCAGGGCUUCCGGGCUCCGAUGGCCCCAAGGGGGAGAAGGGAGAGCCAGCAUCGGACAACCUGAGGGAGAGUCUGACCCAGAUCAUAGUGGAACCAGGACCUCCUGGCCCUCCUGGUCCCCCAGGCCCUGUGGGCCUCCAAGGAAUCCAGGGUCCCAAGGGUUUGGAUGGAGCAAAGGGAGAGAAGGGAGAGACAGGAGAUAGAGGCCCUGCCGGGUUGCCUGGCCCAGCUGGCCCACCAGGCCUUAUUGGGCUGCCAGGAACCAAAGGAGAGAAGGGCAGGCCUGGAGAGCCAGGACUAGAUGGUUUCCCUGGACCUCGAGGAGAGAAAGGUGACCGCAGUGAACGUGGAGAGAAGGGGGAGCGAGGUGUCCCAGGACGGAAAGGAGUAAAGGGCCAGAAGGGUGAACCAGGACCUCCAGGCCUGGACCAGCCGUGUCCUGUGGGCCCCGAUGGGCUGCCCGUACCUGGCUGCUGGCACAAGUGAUCUCCAGGACCCAGUUCACAACCUGUACAGAUGCGUGUGGACAUUUUAAAUGUUUGUAAAAACAAAACAGUAAUAUAUUGAUUUUUUUUAUGGAUGUCCCACCUGUGGCCUUUUUAACAUUUGAGAGCAUGCCCACCCCAGCACAGGAAUGACCAGCAUGUGAGGCUAGCAGGAAAGUGGCCAAGCCAGUCGCCAAGAAUGGUGUACUCAUGGAGCACAUGGGGGCUUGGCUUUCUUGGAAGCAGACGAAGGUGAAAGCGCCUGGCUCCGGUGAGGCUGCAAAAACACCUGGUUGGGCCUUCAGUCACCUGAUCAGCAGAGAGACUGCAGCUGCCCCCUGUCCCCUGAAGCUCUGGGGCCCCUGGGCCUGACCCCAUUCUAAAAGGCCAGAACUUGGACUAACACUGCAGAUGCUCCCAGCCUCUCUGGCCUCAGCAGGAGCCAGCUUGUCCACUCCUUAGGGUCCCGCUGGGUCCUGGGUUCAGCAGGGCAGAACAAGACUCCCACCCAGCAGUUGGAGCUGGAUGCUGGAAGCUGUGGCAAGCAGCCCAGACAGAUCUACUGCCAGUUCAGUAGACAACAGGAAGCCAGCCUGUAUGAGAACAUGUGUCCUCUGAUCCAAAGUAGAGACCAAGCACUGUGAUCGCCAUCAUGUGGACCCAGCUGGAGGGAGCCCCAUGACACCCAAGUGUGGAGGAUGGUGGGGCACAGGCUACAGUGACUGCCACUUCCAGUUUGUCUCCAUGGUCCCCAAACAUGGAUGUGAUGAAACUUAGCUGGCCUGAGGAGAUGGGCCUCCAGUUCAGAGCUCAGGUUUCACUGGCCCCAAGUCUCCCACCUAGGAGAACUCUCGUCAGUCUGCCAAAAUUGUCCUCCAGUGAGUGGGCAGAGGAAGAGAGCCUCAGGGCUGGUUUCCAGCCACCUGACCAGAGGGCCUUUGUGGAACGAAGCUUUCCUCCUCCAACCACCCUUCAGCUGAGCUACUUGCCUCUCCUCUCUGUAUAGAUAAAUAUCUCUGCGUGUAAUAAACUGCCAAGGUGUGCUGGGUGUA